AUGUCAAGAACAAUAACGUAUUCAAAGUUGGUGUCAUGUUUAAACCAGAGAGUACCGAUAUUUGAUUUUAUGAAUCCUCCAAAUGAUAUUUCAGGAAUUUUAGAUGAUGAAAUCCAGUAUAGACUAUUGCCCCAAUUAAUAGCAUUAAUAGCUAUCAAUCCAUACUAUAUCAAAUUCUUCCUAAAAAAAUAUAUUCAUACGUUAGAAUCAUCAAAUAAUGAAGUGGUGGAAGAUAUCUAUGAAUUAUAUUGCAGUGAAGCUAUUUUAAACGCUGUCGAAAUGAGCCCAAAUGAAGCUGACACUAUUCUGUAUCCUAUAGGUGGUUUCAAGAAUGAAAUUGUACCAAAUAAUGGAUUGGUAGUAAUUAAGGAGACUCCAAAGGUGAUUUCGGGCAAUGGUACUACAGGAUUAAGGACAUGGGAAGCAGCUCUAUACUUAGCAAACUAUUUGAAUUCUAACCCAAUAGAAUUUAAAAACAAAAGUAUCUGUGAAUUAGGUACCGGUACCGGGUUAGUAGGGAUAGCAUUAGCUAAGUACUAUCAUAAUGAGAUUUACCCUAUACGUGAAAUCAUAUUCACGGAUGGUGACGCAUCUCUAAUUGAAAACUUGAGUAAGACUUUCCAACUUAAUGGUUUGGUAAUUGACUCUAGAAUUAAGACACAACAGCUACUUUGGGGAACAACGAAUCCAAACAAUUCAGAUUUUAUCCAGGCCCCCCCUUCAGCUGACUACGUUGUUGCUGCUGACGUUACAUACGACUCUUCAAUUCUUCCACAGUUAAGCUCGACAAUCAACGACUUUUUUAAUAAUGGUACGAAAAUGGCUAUUAUUGCUGCAACUGUGAGAAACGAAGAGACUUUGGAAGACUGGGAAGAGGAAUUACAGAAAUGGUUUGCAGGAAACUUCAGAGUUAUAGAAAAAUGUGAUCAACCGGCGUUGAUUGAAAGUAAUUGUUGGUUCAAGUACACCACGCCAGAAAUAAGAAUUUAUGAAAUUACUCCACAUUAA